CAAGAGAAGUAAAUUUACAAAAUUUUGAAAAAGAGGCCGAAAUUCUGACAUAUAUUUGAUCGAGGAGCUGUUCAGUGCCAUAUCAUUAUUUAGCGAUAGUUAAUCGAUAGCUGUGAGCAAGCACAACUAUUGGCGUUUUACAAUACUUUGAAUUUCACCACUGGUGAAGCUGUCAUAAAAUAUUAGCGUGGACUACCGCACGCAUCGAAGGCAUUCGAAGGUUUUCAAUUUGUCAACGCUGUUGAGCACAGUAUCACUCACGCUUUUAUCCAACACAAGCGGCUGAACGUGAAGCACGCGCUACUUUCUGUUGCGAACUUUGCGAGUUAACAGUGAAAAACCGGCGACGAAAGCUGCGACAUUUCUAUCGAAAGUUGAAAUUGAAAAGGCGGUAAAAAUGCCAAAGGAUACUAUAACUAAGGUUCAGGAGUACAAGGACUCGCUGAUUACUAAAGCGGAGACUCUGAUCACAAAGGGCUUUCCCGAGAAAAUCGUCGAACUGAAUGAGCUUCUGUCCACGGCCAUGUUCAAUGAGCGCAACUUCAAUGAGGUGCAUCAGGAUCUAAACAUUCCGGUCAUGGCACCCAUCUUGCUCAAUAACCAUGACAACGACGGCAACGGCGACGACGACCAUCCCAUGCCGAAGCGCGCACGCAAAGAAGACGUCUCCGGUACCACUGUACUGACCUUGCCCUCUGGCACUGUGCCGUGCAACAAGCCGCUUUGCGAAAUGAUUAAGGUGGUCAAACCAAUCAUACGCAAGCUGGUCGAGGAUUCGAACUUACUGAAGAUGUGGAUCUCGUUUAUGAUACCUAAAAUCGAGGAUGGCAACAACUUUGGCGUUUCUAUUCAGGAGGACACUCUGGCUGAAAUCCAAACCGUGGAGUCGGAGGCAGCUGCCUUCUUUGACCAGAUAUCCAGAUACUUUCUAUCUCGCGCCAAGGUUGUCUCCAAGGUGGCCAAGUAUCCACACAUCGAUGAUUACAGGCGUGCUGUCGUCGAGCUUGACGAGAAGGAGUAUCUCAGUUUGUGGCUGGUGGUGUGCGAGGUGCGCAAUCGCUACUCCUCGCUACAUGACAUAGUUAUAAAGAAUCUGGAGAAGCUGAAGAAGCCGCGCUCUUCGAACACUGAGAGCCUAUACUAGACUCUCCCACUUAUCUUAAUUUGUUUCUUAAAGUUAACAUGAACAGACUACAGCCUCCUGCUUUCUAAUAAACAGGAAGCCAACAGCAUCUACAUCCGCAUCUAGACAACGCGUCCCACUGAAUCAGGGAGCACCAGUUAAACUAAACAAUUCAAAUACACUUAAAAAUUUCCACAUGAAA